AUGUUCUCUUGUUUGGAUACGAGGGCUUUGGAGGAGGAAAGUUUUACUAUGAUGGCGGAUGAUUUACCUGAAGUGAAAGAUAAUUUGAACAACGUUCUUGAGCUUUCUCACAAAGAUGUUAUCGAAUUGUUAGAUCAAGAACUAAAUGAUGUUAUCAAAGAUCCACUUCUGAGAGAUCUUCCAUCCUAUCCAACGGUUGAGGAAAUUAAAUCAAGAAUUGCCCUGGAAAAAGGCAAGGCCAUUAUAAUCAAUUUGAAACUUCAAGGGGAGAUUGAUACAGUUAUACAGUUAGUUAUUGAGCAAACUGCUACAGUGCAACAGUUGAAAUCAACAAUCGAACGGUAUGUAACAUUAAAGAUUGAGCGGGAAACUGGACAAAAGCAUAUUAGCUGGAGGUAUAUAUGGAAAACGUACUGGUUGCUGCACAAUGGCGAAAAAUUGAUUGACGAAAAGAAGCCAAUAAGAGAGUAUGGGAUAUCAGACAACGCAAAUUUAUCGUUCAUUAAAAGACUGCGAAGAAAAUGAUUGGCAAAUAUUUUAAGGAGGUUCGUUCUUGGAAGGGGACAGAGUUGGUUUGGAGAAACGCUUCAAGUAAUACUCUGAAGUAGCGAAGGCAAAAUUGAUGAAAGGAAAUAGAGAAGUGAUGUCAAGUUGUGCUUCUCACUCAUUGGUUUUGAGACGAAAAAUACAAGACUGAACUGUCAACUGAGCUGCUUUUCAACAGGCAUCUUUCCCAGUUUUGAUUGGCCCAUAUGAUAGAAAAAGUGUCUUUGCAACUGAUAAGGUGUUCGGUUUAAUGCUAUAUUAUGUCACUUUUUUCGCUGCUAAAAAGAAGCUUUUUAGCAUUUGGAAACAUUAUAUCUCCUAUUAACAGCGUGAGUUUUUUCCAUAUGACCUUAACAACAUCAAUUAGCAUAUCGCUUUUCUGAAGCUUAAAAACUCAGAUAUACUCAACUAUUGGUGGGAUAAUUCAAAUUUACUGCACUGUCUAACAGUAAGAGCUUUCUCGAUCAUCAAUUGCUUGAGGAACAGCUGCUAUUUGCCAUAGUUGCGAGUUUUUAGUUUUCUAAUACAACGUUUUGAUGAUACAAUUAAUCCAAUGUGUUCCGUUAAAGAUGGCAUUGAAGAUGCGGAACAAUGUGUUGUCUUGUCAUUCAUACGAUGUUCAGAGACGAGAUCUCGAGAGUGUCAACGCAAUAUUGCUUUCAAAUGGCCUAGCAAGCCUAUCCAACGAUGCUUUAGUUCAAGUUAUUUUGUAUGAAGAUGAAAGGUUACCAAAUGUUAUUCACAAUUUAAUUAACAAGACUACGCUGAAAAACAUCCACACAUCAAACCCGUUUUUGAUAACUUGUUUUUGUCCUACCCCCUCGUGAAAUAUUUGUAAGUUGUUUAUAAUUUUGAUAUCUUAAAUCUGUGCCAAUUUUGAAAUAGGAGAGGCAUAACACAACCGAGAGCUCUGCCUGCAGACUUCAA